AUGGAUGAAAGCGAGAGACCGAGGGGUAACUAUCAGCUACGUCAACUGCUUCUGUGCUUCCAGUGUCACAGAGUCCCGUUCGACUUGAUUAGACGAGCCUGCGAACCGAAAUCGGCAUGGUCUGCGGCUGGGGAGAUCAAGCAGAUACAGCCCCACGAAGGGGGGGUGCCACGAUGGCUACUUGACUUUCGAGAGGCACACCGACUCCUGUUCGACUGCGACGAUCGUUCCACUGCUCCUUGCCCCGAUGGCGUACAACUUGUCAAGGACUGCGGCAUCUGGUAUUUCGAGACACGGCCAAACGACAGUCUUGGACCAGACGAGAAUGAGCAGAACCAAGAUACAUACGCCUUGCAGUGCAUCCGUAUUUUCAACCAUGCAUUCCCCUGCCGGAACACAGAUGUGCUUGGUGAAGAAGUUGCUGCUAGCUUGAUCCCCCUAGCAAAGGCGUUUCUGCUCCCUUUGCUCGCAUCCGUCUCGGAAAAGGAUAUUCAGAAUUGGCUCCUGCCUAAAGAGAGAGGAAUACAAUUCGCAAUUAACCUCUUUGACUGUCUGUUACAGAUAAUCACCUUCUCGGGACUGAAUAGUCCUUUCUACCCAGUGAGCUUCCCUCGAAAGAUGGUUAAUGCGAUCGACAUACCCAAUACCCAAUACUGUGGCGACCAAGGCCGUGGAGUGGAUCGCUGUCUUGACAUUUUCUCUGAAAUGAUUGAGGCGAUUUCCUCUUCAUCACCAGAAGACUUUGAAAGGCUCGCCUUGAACACCGGUUGUGGCGAUCUUGAUGAGAGGUCUAACGCGUGGACCGGUCUCGCACUUGAACUACUUCUGUCCAGCCAGACGGCCGAGAGACCACGGCCACAACCCCUUUCCGAUGCCAUUGCGAAGGCCGCUGCUUCCUGGAGUCCAAAGUCAACAACACAUCCAUCUCCCAUGGAGUAUCUCAUCGCCAUCGGGUUACUUCCACGUGCUCAGCUCCGAACCAUUUCACUUCCGCGAUCCCUCGGCAUGGAGCUUAGCAUACUUCGAGGGCUGCUUCUUUCUAGAAUGCAAUACCACGAUGAAGCUGCCACAGUCUUGCACGCUAAUUUCCCAGCCGCAAUUACUCAUUGGGGCUUGGCAUCUUUCCAAGUUGGGAUUGUUGCAGCCGAAAGUGCCAACUGUUACAAUAUCCUACGAAAGGAGGAUGUUGCCAACACUAUAGCGGCCCGUUGCCUUGCCGCAAGAAACACCCCCGAGUUUUCUAGUCGACCAGAUUGGUUCUACUUAAGUCUCUAUCUCGUAGAUUCCCUCAUCGGAAGCGGAAGAUACGCAGAGGCUAAAUCGGCUCUUGAACAUCUCAUUAGCCAGCCUCCGAUUGCCCCUGCAAUCCACAUGAUGGGUUACCUACGUCUCUCUAAGAUUCGCCGAAGAGUCCCGGAAGAGGAUGGGAUACGUGAACCUCAUCAUUCUUUACAUGAAGGGCUUGGCCUAUUUCGCCAAGUGCAUAGUGCUCUUCGAGAAGAGUACUUGGAGGAAGUAGCCUGCAGUCUUGAAGCGGCGGCGACGACAACAACAAAGGGGAGUCUUGAGGCACAAAAGUCGCUGAUUCGUGGUGUCAACGACCUUUUGAGCCAGACAAGUCUACGGAAAAGCCCGGCUCAGAAGAGAUUUACGCAAGCACAACUUGAGUUCGGGCAACGCACCCUUCGACAAGAGAAUAACAUCAUUGCACCGGGAUAUGCAACCCACUGGUCUAUGCCAAUUACACGAGUUAGGGGCGAUGCAGUCGGCCACUCGAACCCAGCAUCCUCCCCUAUCAUUGACAGCAUACCACCACCUAUUGCGACCCGAAGAGUCUUCUCCGUCCCGUAUGAGAGAGAUGAACGUUUUGUCAUGGUUCCAGCUGUCGAUGAGCUGUAUCGGACUCCUCAACUUGAAGAUAAGAUUGUUGUUCACUCUCUCCAUGGGGAGGUGGGAGUUGGCAAGACCUCUCUUUCUACCGAGUUCGCCUACAGAGUGAAAGAUUCCUACUAUGCCAUUAUAUGGAUUAGGGACGCGCCACUGAAUGAGAUCUUCGAUUACCUUUCUAGAGUCGCUGCAAAGCUUGAACUGAACGAUGCGGAGUCGUCAAUGCCGAUUCAUCCAGAUCAAGCCCGAGAGCAGAUGUUCAGAUGGUUCGCACACCCGCGCAAAGACAACUUUGGAGGGUCAUGGUUGAUAGUUUUCGAUGGCAUCGAAGACGCAGGAGUCAUUCGUCAGCUUUGGCCAACCGGAGGUCAAUUUGGCACUGUCCUUGUCGUCACCCGGAGGAAGCCUCUAUUCCUCGACGACUUGACCGUCGGUGCACCUCGAUAUAUCAAGUUGGGACCAUUGAAUUCAACAGACGCAAUAACAUUGACUAGGCGAUACUUGAACUUCUCUAUUGAGGCACUUCUUGAGCCUGGCGGAUCCAUUUCGCGAGACUGGUUCAAGCACCAGCGUUUACUAUCAGAAUUCCUUCAGGGUCAUCCGGCUGCCAUCAAGCAAGCAACGUCACUCAUCUCUAGGCAUAACAUGGAGGUUUGGGACUUCAUUGCGGCAUACAAAAUUGAACAAAUUUUUGGCUCAAACUCAAUGGCAAAGGACGAGAUUCUUCAGCAGCCCAACCACAACAUCCACCUCAUUACAAUCUGGCGACUGAAUCCUGGCGACGGCGAGCCUCUGUUGAACGUCAUCUCUCUUCUCUCUCCGUUCGGGAUCACUGAAAAUUUCCUGUGGCCCAAUGAAUCCUUUCCCAAGCUGGAUGGCUAUCCUCAAAGCAUGUCAGAGUUCGAGGAAAUGCGAAACCAGCUACUUGAAUCGUCCCUGAUCUGGAAGGCAAGUGCACAGCAAAGCCUCUAUACUUCCCCGGCGGUGCAGACCAUCUUCAGGCAACGCAUGGAUCAGCCAGCCUUUCUUCGAGCCUACUGCAGAGCCCUUCUUUUACUUGCUGAUGCCUGGCCAUGCGAGUUUAAAGACUCUCUCUUCAUUGGCUCUUCUACACCAACCCUGACACGGUGUGCCGGUCUAUGGCGCCACGUUUCCAAGCUUUGCGAUGAGCUUGAUCAGUUUUCCUCAUCACUAAAUUCGUUGCUGGAGGUUGCCCAGAUACGUGGAAUCCUUUUGGACAUAUCAUGGUGCGCCAUUAAACGCCACAAGUACCACCAGGCCGACUCGUUUCUUAAUUUCGUCAGCCGCAUUCUUGACAUUCACGGCCCAAACAGCCCACUCCCAUUCCCCCGCGAUAUUUCCAGGGAGCUGUGCCUAGUCAACCAUCACAAAGGGAUGCUCGCUUACAGAAAGGGGAUGAAUGGCAGAGCUUGUUCUUACUUUGAGUCCUGCUUAAGACUAUCUGUCAGUGAUUUAGAGCCUGGGUCAGACGAUUACUGGCUCAUCCAAGCUGUUGCCCAUCACGGAGUUGGGGGGGUCAAGCGGAGAGCCGACGACAUUCCCGCGUCCAUAGUCUCCUAUGAGAUGAGCAUCAAAGCCCUAGAGCACAUCAAAGGAAAACAUGGACAAGACCUGUCAUUUGUCAGGGUAAAGUUGGGGCUUGCUCUGCUCAUGAAUGAGCAGCCCGAGGAUGCAGAGAGGGUGCUCGAAGGGGCUCGGUCGCCAAAGUCCAUGACAAACCCAGCAGAUGGCAUUUUGGAUUCUUUAAGAAACGUCUUUCUGUUUUUUGGACUUGCCAUUGCCAAGUUAGUCCAAAAUAAGGCGGAGGAGAGCCUUCUACUGGCCUUGGAAUACCUGGACAAGGUCCAAUCCUCUUCUUCCCUGAAAGACAAGCUAGUCGAUGGCUUUCAUCUCGUCAUAUCUGGCAGCUAUGGUCGUAUAUCCGAGUUCAGCCGCGCCCAGUAA